AUGCCAUCAACGGUGUUUCGUACGUCGAAUCAGCGACUCCGGUUAAGCUUGCUGAGUACUUUGGAGCUGCAGACAAGUCUCUCCCAAAUCAAAACAAAAGCUCAAACACACUAUAAAGAAAAGCGAGAUGGCAUCGAACCAGGAACGUGGAGCCCAGAAAAGAGGAAGAAUUACAAUCUUCUUGAUGCUGUGAGUAGGAAUACCAUCCAAGUCUACCCAAAAUCAUGGGCAGCCAUAAUGACGACACUUGAUAAUGCUGGAAUGUGGAACUUGAGAUCAAUGUCGUUGGAGAGACAGUAUUUGGGGCAACAACUCUACAUCAGCGUCCUCUCCCCGGCUCAUUCUCUUCGGGAUGAAUAUAACAUUCCUGAUAAUGCUCCACUAUGUGGUAUUGUGAAGGACUUGCCCGUACCAACACCUUACAGUGUGUGA